AUGAAACCUAUUUUUAUUCUGAUGAGACUUAUAGGCCGUUUUCCUUACUCUUUUACUAAAACAGGUAUUGCCCCAUUCUCCUUGAUUUCUUGGCCAUUUCUGUACAGUAUUGUCUUUCACUUGAUUUUUGUACUGUUGACUGCAUGGAGCAAUAAAAAAAUAAUCAUUGAUAAAAUAUAUCCAUCAGAAAGUUAUGAUGAAACAUUAUUUUGGAGUCUACUACUUCUCUACGCAUUUCAGAACUUUACAGGUCCAAUCACAUUUUGGUGGGAUGCUCCUAGAACUGUGAGGUAUUUCCAGAAGUGGAAAGAUUUUGAGGAUAUCUGGAGAUGUGGAACAAUAUACUCAGUUAAGCGACUUAGAUAUAUUAAGGUUUUUACUAUAUUGCUGACACCAAUAACAAUAAUAAUUGUUAUCUAUGAAGCCCUAAUCCUUCCACAGAUAUCUGUUCUUAUUUUUGUUCCUUACGUACCUAUUCUGAUAGCUGCUGUAUUGAUGCUUGAACAUUGGUGGGUAUCACUACAUGAUCUUACUAUGUACUCAGAGAAACUUCUAACUAGUAUAUUCAAGGCGAAAAACAGGCGUGAUAUGGGAUACAGGCGCAGGAUGUGGCUUAAGAUAUCUGAAUUAGUGACUGAAAUCGGGAAUGCGACCGGUGCUUCAGGCCUGUCCUAUUCAUCCACCUACUUCGUGGGAUUCAUCUUGUCGAUCUACGCCAUCUUGAUCAACAUAGCCAGGCCCAGCUCGUCUAAUGUUUCCAUCUGGGGCCUCGUUUUUCCUGCUGCUUACAGCGCCAUCUCGUACUACCUGGCAGCCGACGCAGCGUACAGGGCCACAGAACGGAUAGGGCCUGCUUUCACAAAAAAACUUCUUCAGAUAGACCUCUCUUUCUUGCAGCAAAGUUGUUUGAAUGAGAUCGAUCUCCUUGUUAACAGCUUAUCAGCGAAAGCUCCAGUUAUUGAGUACCUAGGUUUUAUGAAAGUUACAAGAAGUACUUUUGUGCAUUUUGUGUCGAGCACUCUAACGUACCUAGUUGUUCUCGUACAGUUGAAAACUAAUCCGAAAGAACUUGGGAUUGAUCCGAUACUGGAAAAUGAUAAUUCUACAAGUUAUGAAAACCUUACCAGUUAAAUUAAUAACUGUCUUUAAUAUUUAUAUUCUCAAGUUGUAUAUAUAUAUCCUGAUGUUACUUAUAAAAACUAAUGUUAUUU